AUGUAUACUGAAAUAAAAAAAGAUAAUGGAAUUUAUGAUAAUGCCACAACUUCUAAGCCUGUUCAUUCUGUCAAUGAUGUCUAUGAGGUAUUUUUAGACUCAUUUGGGACAAUUUUUGAUGAAAGAAGAGACGAAUCAGUCUUUAUGCAAAAAGUAUCUCCUAACUGUGCAAAUUAUGAUUCUCCAAAUUUUGCUAUCAAUGAUUUUUUGAAUUUACCUAAUGCUCAUGAUAAAAACAAUAAUAACAAUGAUAAAACAUUUGAAUUGGAGAAACCUAUUAAAAAUGUCAGUCAUACUUUGAGCAACAAUACUGAUGAGCUGGAAAAUGUACAUACUUCCGAAACCCAAGAAUUACUAGACCUUUUAUUCGAAAAAAAAAAAUUAAUUAUUGAGAUAACAGACCGAUUAAUCAAGCAUUUUGAAGUCCCUUCUGUGAAUGAAUGCUUCUCUAUAGAAGAUAUAAAUGAAUUGCUAUCACCUGCUGCAAUUAUUGGAAACUUAAUAGAUAUUAUUAAACACUACGUCUCAAAUUCAGCCGUCACAGAAUUAUUGACAUCCAUAACCACGGCUUUAAUUAACCAUUUAAAUAAUGUAAUGGAUCACUUAAUUAUUGAUUAUGGAUUGUUUUGGUUAAAUAACGUUAAGGAACUGUAUUUUUUUAUUAUCGAGAUGAUUGAUACGUUCCAAAAUUCAACAAAAGAAAAAACUGAGCAAUAUGCUGACACUUUAGCAUUUAUGAUAGAGUGGAAAAUGAUGUUAAAUAAACUAUGUUCGAAAGUAUAUUUUAUCUGCAUUAGCAGAGUUCAUUCGCUGAUCCUUUCGAUAUGUAAUCCUGGAGGAAUGCUGCUGAAAGCAACGCCGGAUAUUAAUGAUGACAACUUUGAAAAGAAUUUUGAGACACUUGUAACUUUGGAAUAUCCUGACACCACAGAUAUUGUAAUAUCUUUAUUCAACAAUCUAUAUUGGAGAAUGAAAUGUUUACAAUUUAAAACAACCGUUAUCAACAGAAUAAUGCUUAAUGUAAUACAAUUUUUUGAUUGUAUUUACUUCAACAGCAUUAUAAUGAGCGUUCUUAUUUUGGAGAACGAUAAUGAUUUAUACUUGUUUAUGAACCUAGUAAAACUAAAUUCGUCUGUUGAAUAUUAUAAUCUACCAAGUCCAGAUCCAAUGCCAUUACUAAAUGAAAUUGGGAGAUUAAGAUCAUUAACAUUGGAAGAAUUACAACAAGUUGACAAAAUUGAAGAUAUAACAAAUGUAUUAACUCAGAAACAAUUACAAAUUGUACUAGUCAAAUGGAAAGGAAAUGAAAAGAGUACUCAAAAUAUGCAAGACUUUCUAAACAAAAAUUUAAGAGAAUCUGCAGAUGAUGCCACUUACCUAAGAGAAUUAUUGACUUUGGUACCAAGUCUAGAAGUGAUAAACCUUUUCGAGAAUUUGUUUAAGAAAGUAGAUUUUUCGGUAACAUAUAUUCCUUUUGUACUCGACUUAAAUGUUAUCGAAACUUUAUUAAAAGGUUUAGCAGAGAAGAAGUGUGAAGUUAUAACUUCAUUUAUUGGAAUUAAAAAAUUCUUUGAUACUCCCAUUAAUCGAAUAGAAGAUGAAUCUCAUCAAAACGAUUCACUGCUUGAUGAUUUGGAUUUGCGAAUUUUAUAA